AUGUCACCCCAUGAUACCACAUCCAUACAGUUACCCACACUCACACCCACCCACAUACCCGCCCUCAUAUCCGCCCCCGUUUCCAUAUCCACCGUACCCCUACUGAGUAUAUGUUAGUUGUAUAUAGUGUAAAAACAAGGAUAAAAAAAUCAAAAGUAUGGGAGCUUCUUAAAAAGGAUCCUAACGAUAAGAAAUUAUCUGUAUGCAUGAUAUAUCAUACUGAAAUCUAUAACAGUGGUAAUACAAGCAAUUAUUGGAAUCAUCUACAUCGUUAUCAUGCCUCUAAAUUAAAAAAAUCUAUUGAACGUGAAGAGGAAUGGAGCCCUUCACAGUCUACCCCCAAUGAGAGUGAACCUGAAGGUAUUAGAACAGAAACUGAGAAUCAAUGUGUUAAUACUCAGAAAAAUUUGUGUCGAAAACAUUUUAAAUAUCAGCCUUCAUUAAAGAAGUUUAUAAAAAAACAAAGACUGUGUUAUGGUGCUAAUAGCAAACAAAAAGUUAUAUUGGAUAAAGCACUAAUGAAAUUUAUUACUAGAGAUCUUCAGCCUUUAAGCAUAGUAAAUGAUAUUGGAUUUCAAGAAUUUGUGAAUGAAUUGAAUCCACGUUAUAGUUUGCCAAGUCGACCUACAGUCACUAAUGUUUUAAUUCCAAAAAUGUAUGAAGAGACGAAAAAGAAAAUUACAAUUAUCUUAAAUACUGUCAAUGUUGCCAGAGAAUCUUAUCUGACGGUUACAGGUCAUUUUAUUUUUGAUUCUAAACUAGAAGCAGCGUUAUUGAAUUUUAUUCACGUCAGUGAUGAAUGA